GGGCCCCGCGCGGCUCGGGGGUCCGGCGGGGGCGGCGGUGCCCAGUGGUGGGUAGGAGCCCCGCGGACAUAGGAGGGACCCCAGGCUUCUGCGGCGCCUGCAGAGUGGAAGGGACGCGGGGUGUGUGGGGUGGGGGGGCAUGGGCGUCUCAGAUUAAGGGACCGGGGUCCCGCGUGGGAACGUGGUCUCUCCGGCUCGCAGGGUCCGCAGGUGUCCAGCUCCAGCGCUAAGCGGGCUGCGCCGUCGUGCGGCCGCGGGUGGGGAGUGCGCGUGCGUGACGUGUGCGCUGGGCCCACGGGAGGGGGUGGGGCUGCGGAAAAGAGUGAACGCGCGUGCGCGACGUGCGUGCGCGCUUCACGUUGUGACGUGUGCGCGUGCGUCUUAUAGGCGCCUGGCUACCUAAGGAGGGGCGCGGUCGUAGGAGAGAACGAGUGAGCCAGGCAGGGCUUCUGAUGUUAAUGGAAGGGCUCUGACCGAAUAGCCGACGUGAGGCUCGGGCUCCUUAUCUGUAAAGUGUGGGUGUCCGGAAUCCUUGCCGCACUGCAUUGUUCUGAGCACUCGCAUUUUGUUAGCUGCUAUUGUAUUUGUUUGUUAUGUGUGUAAUCCGUGCGGCUGGAGCGUGGACAAGUCUCUAGGGCCUUCAUUGCUCAGUUAACUCAUUUGUGCAAUGGAACAGGGAAGGGGCUGGACUAGCUAGCCACCAAGGCCCUUUCCUGGCUCUAACAUUCCCCAGAUCCCAAGUUAUUAUUUAUUAUGUAUUCAUUUGUUAUUUGUUAUGUAUAAGCAUGACUGUAUCCUGAAGCCAUCGAAGGCUGUGUGACGGUGGAAGGUCUGGGACAGAGUUAAGAAGAGCGAGGUGAGCUGGAGCUGAGAGGGGUGGGCACGCAGCCUGCACAGGAAACGUCGCCUCUUUGGAGAGUUUGUGAGGGCAUGGUCGGGAAUGAAAGGUUCACCAGCCAUAGCUAAGGAAAUUCUGUCAUCACCCCUCUCUGAACCCUCCCUUCUCCCCUCAUUUUCUGUUCUCUGUUUCCGGAGGCGAGCUGCCGUCAAACAAUGUCCCGUUGUUGAUGGCAUCUAGGAAGAUGCCGAGGUUCCCGCUUUCCUGACCUUACAGACGUACAGAAUGGUAGUGCAGGCAAGUCUCUUGUAGGGUUAUGUGUUUUGACCUUAUUUGAAAAGUGAGAAGGCAAAAAUUGAGCCUGAGGAGCUGACUGACUGAGAUUGUGCAGUUUGUUAGUGCCAGAACCACGGUUAAAAGUUAGGUCUGCAGAUGGCUGGGCCACUGCCCCGUGGUGCCACUGUGAAGUCAAAGAUAGUUUGUUACCAAAAGACCUUUUGAAAGUUGUAAGCAGGUUAGAACAAACAUUAAACAUUUUUUACGUUGCCUUAAACAGUCCCAUCUCUUUUUUCCAGAGGUUUCUUGGAUUAUCUGACCUCAAGGGAUUAGUGGUGUUAACAGGAAAAUAUUAACAAUGUGGCUUGAGGUGUUUAAUUUUUCCCCACCACAUCAGUUUUUUUGACAAACCCAUAGUGUUUCCUCCUUUAGGUUACUGUUCUAUGUCAAACUCAUCUUCUCAUGUUUUUAAUUUUUCUGUGUCACAGAACCUAAAUUGGUAAUAAAUCAAUAAGAAACAAAUGUUUACAUUCACUCAGUGAAAAGUAUCAUGUCUAAGCUCAACAUAUAUCGGAGCCACACAUGGACACCUCUGCCUCCUUCACUAAGAGCGGAAAAUGAACAGAUCCCAGGAACAAGUGUCAUUCAAAGAUGUAUGUGUGGACUUCACUCAGGAAGAGUGGUAUCUGCUGGAUCCUGCUCAGAAGAUACUAUACAGAGAUGUGAUUCUAGAAAAUUACAGCCACCUUGUCUCAGUAGGAUAUUGCUUUACUAAGCCAGAAGUGGUCUUCAAGAUAGAGCAAGGAGAGGAGCCCUGGAUAUUAGAGGCAGGAUUCCCAAGCCACUGCCACCAAGAAGACUGGAAAGUUGAUGACCUGAUAGAGAGCAGCCAGGACAAUGAAGACGAACAUUUUUGGCAACUUGCUUUUACCGCCAACAAAACAUUAAAUAUAGAUAGUGGUGCUAGAGUAAGAAAAACUUUCAAUCUGGGCACAGAUUCUGUUCCUUCAAGAAAUUUUCCAUAUAAGAUAUGUGACUCGUGUGAAAUGAGUUUGAAAAAUAUUUCAGGCUUAAUUAUCAGUAGAAAGAGCUAUUCUGGAAAGAAGCCUGAUGAGUUUAAUGUAUAUGAGAAAUUGCUCCUUGACAUCAGGCAUGAGAAAACUCCUCCUGGAGGGAAAUCUUAUAAAUAUAAUCAAAAAAGGAAUGUGCUCCAUCAUAGUCACGAUCUCAGUCAGCCAAUUUUUGAUCAGCCUCCUGAGUAUAAUGAAAAUGGACAAGCCUUCCACGAGGAAGCGGCAUUUUUCACAAACAAGAAAAUACAGAUAGGAGAGACGCUCUGUAAAUACAAUGCAUGUGGAAGAACCUUCAUCCACAGUUUAGAACUCAGUUUAUCUCAGAGAACUCAUUUGGAGAUGGAGCCAUAUGAAUGCAGUCUUUGUGGGAAGUCCUUCUAUACCGAUUUAAGAUUGGGACACCAGAGAACUCUUACAGGGGAGACUCCUUAUGAAUAUGACGGAUAUGGGCAAACCUUCUGUGAUGACUCAACUUUCAUUAUCCAUCAGGGAACCUAUGCAAGAAAGAUUCCCCACGAAUAUAAAGUGAGUCAUAAAACGUGGGAAAAGUCAGCCCUCUUUAAACAUCAGAUAGUACACAUGGGCAAAAAACCUUAUGAGCACCAUGAAAAUAGGAAUAACUUCAGCAAGAAGUCCCAUCUCACCCAACUUCGAAGAGCUCACUCAGGAGAAAAAACCUUCGAAUGUGGUGAAUGUGGGAAAACAUUCUGGGAGAAGUCAAACCUCACUCAGCAUCAAAGAACACACACAGGAGAGAAACCCUAUGAAUGUACUGAAUGUGGGAAAUCGUUUUGUCAGAAACCACACCUUACCAACCAUCAGCGAACACAUACAGGAGAAAAACCCUACGCAUGUAAGCAGUGUGGAAAAACGUUCUGCGUAAAGUCAAACCUCACGGAACAUCAGAGAACGCACACCGGGGAGAAACCGUAUGAAUGUAAUACGUGUGGGAAAUCCUUCUGCCACAGGUCAGCCCUAACUGUACAUCAGAGAACACACACAGGAGAGAAACCCUUUAUAUGUAACGAAUGUGGGAAAUCCUUCUGUGUGAAGUCAAACCUCAUUGUACAUCAAAGAACUCACACAGGGGAGAAACCCUAUAAAUGUAACGAGUGUGGGAAAACCUUCUGUGAAAAAUCAGCUCUCACUAAACAUCAGAGAACUCACACAGGAGAGAAACCCUAUGAGUGUAACGGAUGUGGGAAAACCUUUAGUCAGAGGUCAGUACUGACGAAACAUCAGAGAAUUCACACGAGGGUGAAAGCUCUUUCAACAUCCUGAUGUCCAGAAGUCUCCACCCACCCUUUCAAAGUCUUACACCAUUUUUGAAAAUGAGAUGAAUGAGACCCAGAGAAUGCCUCAUGUUACUAGAAAGCGACAUCUUGUUGUACUUCAAAUAAUUAAUACUAGAAUGAAAUCUUACAGAUAUUUUGAAUAUGUGAAAGCUCUCAAAAACUGAAACUUUUCAUCAGAAAAUUUAUAUUGAGGGGAAGUUUAUUCACUUAAGUAAUGUAAAAAUCUUUGUCUAGAAUUUAUGUUGUGUCGUAUUCCGGAUGUGAUACCAAAUUUUAUUGUAAAUACAGUGGAUGGUAUUAUUCAUUCGUACCCAGACUCUCAGUGGAAUCUGAAGCUUAAAAAAAGUUCAAUCACAGCAGCAUUAAACAUUUAUGUGAGGAGUCUCUGACGAUUGCAGGCCCAAUGUGGGUGUAGCAAUAUAACAGGAAUUGGAUGUACGCUUGAUUUGCAAAUUGGAGUCCAACGAACUUGUGGAGAAAAUGUCCCUUCAUUAAAUGACUUAUGGUCUGUAUUAAUGUUUCCCACACUAAAUACCACCAGUGUCUACGGGUUGACGUAAAUAUAGAUGUAUAUAUGUAGCUGUAAAUAUACUUGUGCACACAUACCCACACAGAUGCAGUAGUGUGUUCGAGUAAGCCCGUAAUGGCUUGCAAGUACUGCUGAUGGUUAAAUUCCCAGGAAUUUUGUGAGCCAGUUCUCAGAACAUAAUCAUUAUUUAAAAAUUAAAUUAUAUUAAAAACAAAGGUAAUAAAUACUCAGCACUCCUUGCUUCCUAAUUAUUUUAUAAUAUUUUGCUGUUAGCCUUGGUCUUUAGGUCACUCACAGUAUCGAGUCUGCAUGGUGACAGUACCAUACAACACGUGCUCCCGCCCGUCCCUUCCCACCUCUGUACUCAGUCAUGAGGGUAGCUUGGCUUCAGUGGGAGUGUUUACACCCUGCAAAUUGGCAAACCCUACAAACCGGGGUUUUUAUUUUUUUAUUUUCUCAGACAGCCUGUUGUCAAAUAUUUACCGGCACACCGCUGUGUAUAUAUGAAAAUAUAUUUGGAAAAUUUAAAGUACAAACUAUAUGCCCUACCCCCUGUCCCAUUUCCCGCCAUAAAUAAAUGGCUGUGGCCAUUAUCGCCGAACUGCGUCUUCAAUAAAGAUCCCCAAAUCUGUUUUUGUGAGGUUUUUUUAACUACCUUUACAUCAGUCUUCAUUGUAAAUACUACCAGAGCCUCUUCGUAGUUUGGCCGGUCUGUGCUGUGUCACCACCGCAUCACCGCCCUCUUCUGUGACAUUGCUGGCGUAUAGGAUGAGUGAGUAGGGCUGUUGUUCCGGAACUACUACUUCCCAAAAGAAGCCAGAUGGUAUUUUUCUGAGUUUUUUCAGCUGCCUCUGGGUCAGUUUGUAACGUAAGAGCUGUUAAGAACAAUGGUAUCCCAUGAAUUUUGCACAGGUCACUGUCAGUUAUGAACAGGAGUACUCCCUACUCUCCACAAAUGAAAGUAGUGCUAUGCGCUAGAACGCCACUUUCGUUCUCUUGGUAUUCGGUUGUUGUAUCUACUUAGGCAUGAUACGUUGUAUGUGACCCAGGAACUGGAACUAUGUAAUUGUAUUUAAAAUAAUAGGAUGUCAUAUACUGUCUCUUCCUCCUUUGUCCUGUUUCCUGUGCCUCCUUGGAACACCCUAAUCAGCAGUUCCAAGGACAUUGCCCACCCAGCACCCAUUCUCUACUUCUUACUUGCUGGGCUCUGUUUUGUUUCUCUUCCCAUCCCCCAUCCCCCCACCCCCAGGCAAUUUAGGAGUAAAUCCAGCUUGAGUUAAUCAUGGAGAUGCUAUUCUAAUGAUUUUGUUGGGAUGGACACGUGAGCAGUGAGAUGUUUGGAAAAUAUUCUGCGGUACUUCUGGGAAAGAUCUCAGCGAUCAAAUACUGUCAUGACAUGAGAAGACACAAGGAGAGAUUGUCUCUCUUAUGCUGGAUUUUUUCAUGUUUGCGUGUUGUACCAAAUUGUAGCUUGUGGCCCUGAAGGGCAAUAGCCUGAAGAGAACAAUAGACAGAAUGGAAAAAGCCUGGCUCAGAGGUGACGUCAUAGAGCUGCACAACUCCAUCUGGACCUGUUUUCUGCUAGGACUUUACAUUACUGCAGUAGUAAUGGUUUCUUAUUGAUCCUUAGGGCUGUCUGUCACUUAGAGCUGAAGCAUUCCAGCUGGUACUGACACGUACUUAGUUCUAAGUGUUUAUGUUCUAUACAGUGAUUUGGGGGAAGAAUGAUUUCUUUUGACAGGCUAAUACAGGGAUAGCUCUUUGUAUCAGCCUUGGUUCUGAUGAAAACCAGAAUGCUACCCCAACUAAGAUUCUGAUGGCAGACUUCUCACAGCGGUCUGGGCCAGAAACAAGGAAUACUGAAGCGCCUAGGUGCUGGCAUCACUGAGAAGCCAUGACCAGUCUAAAUCCUAAAGGGGCAAAGGAUGGAGACAGGUGUCACCAGAGCCCAUUAAGAGCUGCUCUCACGGAGGAGAGACCAUCUCCUAGGAGACGCUGUCACUACCAGAAUUGUGGCACUGAAUUGCUGGUGCCUCCCUUUGGAGUACCCGGCCCGGUGCUACGUGCGGGUUAGGUGAGGUGGGCACAGAGAAAGGGGACAGCAGGUCUGGGAGGAGCUAACGGCUGAUGAGCUGCUCAGUGUGUUUUCAUUUCUGUAAAUUCCUAUGUAAAGUCUCCGUAUUAGAAAUAAACUUACUCUACUAGUUGAAAGUUCCAUAUUUCUGCUCCAUUGUGCUUUUGUGUCAUAAGUAAAUUCCCUUUGGAACUGAGCACUGUGGCAGGUGUCUCUGUUGACAUGCAUGAAGCAGGUAGUAUGUUGAAUUGCUUUCUUCAUACAUCUCUCUGUGGUGUUUCUCGUUAUAUGUGUUGUGAGAUACGCAGCUCUGUAUUCUUCCAAAUCAGUAGCCAGUUGUCCCUGCAUUUUUUGAUCAAUUCACCCUUUUCCUUGUCAGCUUGAUAAUGGCAUUUUGAGCAUGUGCUAUAUAUUGUGUGUAGUGACUAUUGCUUUUUGUCUGCUCAAGGCAACUUUUCUAUAUUCUUCCAAGUAAUAUAACCUGUCCUUGUGAAUGUGUGAGUUGACAUUUAUCACAGAUGAUACCAUCUCUUCCUGGCCCCACAUUUGUAUUGAUCCAGGAAUGGUCACUUGUUACAAAAUAGGCCAAUGAGAACCCAUCCUAGAAUAUUUUUGACAAGCCCCCGUAACCAGAUAGUUUAUGUCCUUGUUGCUGCCAGAAGUCCUAUCAAGAAAACACGUCCGCCCGGGAGAACCUGAUGGGGAUAGUGCUGUAAAGUAAAAUAAAAAUAGGAAAAGUUGUCAGAAACAUGGUUUGAUUCUACAUCGCGUGGAGAGGGACUGACCUCACUUGGACGGCUGCAGCGGAGGGAGUGAACCAUUUGGUCAUCUGGAGGGAGGGAGAGUGUGCUGUGUGUAUGUGUGUAAUACAUGUGCAUGUGUAACCAACAGUUUUACAUACCUGUAAUUUUGUUUCCCGAAACAACACCCUAAUUACGUGUGAUAUAUUCUGAUGUCUUAUUUUGUAUUGUACUGCAUUCUGUUAAAAGAAAGACUUGUUGCUGUAUGCUAAACCGAUUCCACAGCCAACGAAUGGGUCAUCUCCCAGAGCUUGAAAGCCAGUGCUCAAGUGCAAACUCAGAAAAGGAAUUCCUGGGUCACAGGUGUGGUUUUCUGAAAUGAGUAAGCAAUUUACAUUUCCAGUGCCUGGAAAUUGUUUUCUGAUAAACUCCCAAGAACUUGUCUUUUGGGAAUUGGGCCCAUUUUCUGUGUUGAACUUGGCCUCCCCUUGCCUGGUGUGCCCUAUCACUUCAUGUCCAGCCUGUACUUGGCAAGGAAAGGUAGAGCUGUAGCCUCUGGAAAGGUUCAACCCAUGGCGUCCUAGAUGCCCUCAGCCACCCUGCUUGUGGCUCCAGUCGGAAACUGCAGCUGUAGCUGUGCCCUUGCGCUACCCGCCUCUGCCUCUUUGUGAGGAGGGCUUAUCCUGUUCCGAUUCCUGUUAUUUCCGCUGGAUCUUCAUCUGCCACUCAGGGACCGGACUCGACGGGAUCCCAGCCUCCUCCCUUUUCCCCGCCUGCCCCUCCUUUCAGAUUCUACAUCCCCAGGCUUCCCUUCCAGACAACGAGGACCAAUAUCUACUCUUAGACACCACUUUAGGAGCAAGGUCCCCUCAGAUACUUGGGGAGGUGGAAAAGUGAUGCUUGAUGUCUUGCGCCUUCUGCCGUGUGUGGUUGGGAUGGUUGACACUCAAACUGACAUUCAGUUUCCUCAUAUACAAAAUGGGGGUAGUUCUCCCCAUGUGAAGAACUACAUUUUCAUGUUGGCUUGUAGUGACACACCGGCCAAAAACUCUCACUGGCCUAACCCCCCAAAGUCCUUAGAGAAUAGGAGGGGAGGUUAGAAUUGUUUGAACUCUGGGGCGCCUGGGUGGCUCAGUCGGUUGUCUGCAUGAUCUCUCAGUUUGGGACUUUGAGCCCCGCGUCGGGCUCUUUGCUCACAGCUCAGAGCCUGGAACCUGCUUCAGAUUCUGUGUCUCCUCACCCCUCUCUCUCUGCCUCUCCCCCACUCAUGCUCUGUCCCCCCCUCUCUCAAGUAUAAAUGAACACUAAAAAAAACAAAAACAAAAAAACUACUUGAACUCCAGCCCCUAGUGAAGAUGUAUCCUGCUCUAUUGGGUCUCUGACCACAUUCUUUAAACUAGAAAAGGAACUUGGAGAAGCAUGGCAGCCGUGUCUAGUGUCCAUGAGUUGUGGGACUUCCUUAGUCUUCCUGUGACUGGGUGCUCCUAUGCUGAUGGUCCUUACCAGCUGCCCAUGUUGGGGGGAAAGGGCGUGAGUAUUCUUUGGAAUGUAACAGAUGAGUAGCCUUCACUCCCAUCCUCUCCUAAAUAGUUGCCUCUCCUAAAAUAACUAUCAUUUUUCAGUCCAGCAUGUAUCCUAGGACUUUUUCCAUGCAUUGUAAUCCAUGUUUGUUUACCUACACAGAAUUUAUAAUAAACCAGAAUCUGAAGGGCAUUCGACUUUUGCAAAUCAGAAACACUGUCAAAAUAUUAAAAUCCUACAUUGCAAGCAAAAGUGUAUAUGCCGUUUCCAAAUAAUACGUUGUUGCCUGGAAUUAGACAACUUUAAAGCUGUCAUGCCCAGCGAUUUGCAAGCUGUAUUUUGUAAUUGCUCCUAAAGAGAAAUAAACCAUAUAAUUUUUAAUAGCC